GUAUGUUUCAAAAUCGCGUUUCAAAAAUACUCAGCUGAUCAGUGCAGUAUUAUGUUUCGAAAUACAAAAAGCUUCACUGGCUUUUUAAAAUGUUUAUGUUAUCCGCAACCACAUACUAGUACAACACUGCCUCUUUCAUAAACUGUAAGUCCUCAGGCGCAGGGUCAUGAGAUGGCGUUGUUCUCCUCUCGCGUUUAGUCCGCACAUAAGCUACUCUAGGCGUAUGAUUAGUCACUGUCCAACUCACGAAAUUGCCCACGCACACAAUCGUAAUUACUGUAUGAGCACAGCCACUAGUAGUCGUAUCCAUAAAUUUGUCCAGCUGCCGAAACAUCGGUGCUUGCAUAGCGGACAUCCACAUCGGCCUACAUGCACGAUGGAGGCCCGGGGCCUCUCCACGUCUGCUCGUGAUGGCCACGACAGCAGCAGCAAUGGCAAGUCACUACUGGAGCAGCUAUUCGACCUAGAAGAAAUCGACGAAAAUCGCUACCGCGGGCGCACGACCUGGUACCCGUUUGGCGCGACGUACACGUACGGCGGCCAGGCCAUAGCUCAGUCGAUGAUGGCCGCUGGGCUGUCCCUGGUCAGUGAGCACCGGGACAAGAUCAUCAACUCGGUGCACACGUACUUUGUACGGCACGGCACACACGACCAGGACAUCAUGUACGAGGUCGACGAUGUUCGCGAUGGAAAGAACUACAGUACGCGGCGCGUGGACGCCUCUCAGAACGGCCGCAUCUUCUGCACGUCCAUAAUCUCGUUCCAUCGUCAUGACGCCAGCAGCCCCAUGGAGCACCAGGAUGAGAUGCCCGCGGACAUGCCGCAGCCGGACGAGCUGUACGAAACCACUCACCUGCGCAAAAAGUACUUUGAAAGCCGCGGCUCGGCCGACCAGCUAGCCUGGUACCGCCGCUUUCCCGACGACCAGCUGCACUACAGGAACAUACUGCACCCCAAGGACAUGCCCAUAGAUGAGCUGCUGUCAGUGGACGAAAGUGGCAUAACAAUGUGGCAGCAGCUCAAGCAACCGCUGGUCUCGCGCAGUCACCUCGUUCAUCAGUGCAUGCUCGGCUACCUGACGGAUCUCGGCAUUUGCCGCUCGGCCGUUUCGCGCAAUCGCUCUCUCGUCAAAGUGCCAAUGUUCACAUCUCUGGAUCACACGAUUUGGUUUCAUCGGCCAGCCAUGAUCGCCGAUGACGAUUGGUUUUUGUACCAGACGCAGAGUCCCGUGUCGGCCGGUGGUCGCGGCCUGAAUCUCGGAAGACUAUUCUCCAAAGAUGGCGUUCUGCUGGCCAGCACGGCUCAAGAAGGUGCCUAUCGUGCCAGCAAGCUGUAGUGAGUGAGUGUGUAUGUGUGCGUGCGCGUGCGUAUGUGCAUGUGUAUGUGUCUGUGUGCGUGCAUGCACCCCUAUCGUGCCUGCAAGCUGUUGAGAAGUUGUGCGUCAACGGCAGUCGGCGGUGAGAUGGUCCUAAGCACUCUCCGGGCAUGCACCGACCUGCUAUGGCCGACAACGGCGAGUCCGCUUGCGCUUAGACAGGCUGGUCACCGGGGCCUACUAGUACCCGCCCCGCCCCGUGCACAGCGCAGCCCAACACCUCCGCUCAGACUCCCCUGCUUGACUUGCACCAUCGCACGAGCUUUUUUAUUUUAUUUUUUAUUUUUUACAAGAUCGUAGUUGAAGAUACACAACUCCCUGGCAGUCACAUGACUCAUCGGCAGCCACAUGACUCACUGGCAGUCACAUGACUCACUGGCAGUCACAUGACUCACUGGCAGGAACAUGACUCACUGGCAGGCACAUGGGGCUAGCGUGGGGUGAGAUGGUGCUGAUGGGGCCUGUCAUGCUCAACUGACCAGAGGCCUUGGCAUCUUUGAACUUGCCCCCGUUAUGCCGUGCCGGCUGGUCGCUCGCCCGCUAACUUAUUAUCGCCUGAUGCCAUUCCAAUUGCCCAAGAUAUACAAGAGAAUGGAGUGAAGUUGACCCCGUAUCCCAUAUCAGCGCUCUCAGCAUUCCUCCACAAACUAAACACAUAGCCAUUAUUGUACGUAGGGACUGCAGGACAAGUCCCAAAGUUUUACUCCUCCUGAAGUCUUUAUUGCUAGCAUUGACUGGUAGCAAGGGAUAGUUGCACUUGAUUUUAGCUUGAUCAGUGUGUCGCAAGACACUGCUAUGACUUGUAUUAGUACACGUAGCUGCAGGCACCUUAAAACUACAGUUCUGUUUGGUGAAAUCCAGCCCAAAGUGUGUAUUUUGGGCUCCACGGUCCUCGGCACCCUGGCAGGGGUACGAACGCUGCUGGACGCACACAUAUACCGACACAGUGGUGUAGUGGGAACCGGUCCAGGGCGCCAGCUGUGUACCAUGGGGUUGCAUUUCACCUAGCCCAACUGUAGACCAUGAGUGCUUGCGUGACAACCCUGCGAGUGCAUUACGAGUGCACUGCGAGUGCAUGCAUGACCCGCGGAUCGUACUUGCUGUGCCAACUGCGCGCGCGAUCCGCUCGCUUGCCCACACUACAAUGUGAGAGUGCCCUGUGAGUACAUUACGAGCAGAUCUACCCUGCUAGUACAUUGCAAGUCCAGUACGAGUGCACUGCGAGUGUGUGCAGAACCCCUGCAUAGUACUUGCUGUGCCAACUGCGUGCGCGAUCCGCUCGCUUGCCCACACUACAAUGUGAGAGUGCCCUGCGAGUACAGAUCUACCCUACGAGACAUUGCGAGUGCAGUACGAGUGCACUGCGAGUGUGUGCAGAACCCCGCAUAGGACUUGUUGUGCCAACUGCUACGACAGCACGCUUGCUUUGCCUACGCACUGCACCCGUGCUAUGUUGCCUGUCAGUGAACGCACAAACAAAGCUGGCGUGCGAUCCCCCCCCCCCCCCCCCCCCCUCGUCCUGGCUCGCUUACUCAUACUUGAGGAUCACGCAAUCAAGAAUGCUACUGCUGAUCUUGCUGGAACGUUUCUACUGGCUUGUCGAGACGUGUCGCAUUGCGGUACGAUUCAUUGAACAUAUUUGCAAUUAUUUGAAUCAUUUCUUGUUGGUAGUUCUUGGACUGCAGAACAUACACUAUUGAGCUCUAGCUUCACUUUCUUUUCUCAUUACUAGUAUUGCAGAAUCUGUAUGUAUCUGUUGCCCGAGAAUCCGGAGAAUUCA